UCGAAGAUCUUAACAACAGAUACCAAAAAACAGAGAAGAAGAAGAAGGGCUGGCAAGCAGUAAAAAGAAGAAGAUCAAGAAAAGAGCAAAUGGGGUCAAGUCUAUCCCUGAUAGCUUCUGUUGCAAUUCUACGUAGCUCCAUCAAUGAUUUCGUUCCGCAAGAAAUACGCAGUUGUUUGCAGGAAUUAGCAAGUCGUUUUUCCUCAGAACUCACCAUGGUUAUUAGCGACUCGCAUGAAGGAUCAAAAAACCAUCUCUUUCAUGCCUUGAUGAUAUAUCUUGGCAGCAAUGCUUUCUCUACAUCAUCUGUGCCACAACGAAUCACGGUUGGCAAGAACGAAAACAUCAAGGCACUGGCGUAUGGCCUCGACAGGAAUUGCAAGAUUGUCGACACCUUCCAUGGUGUGGACAUGAAGUGGUCUUACUGCAGUGAAUUCAAUCCAGCACUCCAGUAUGAGUUGAAAUGGUAUGAACUCCGUUUUCAUAAGCGACACGCGAGUAUGGUCAGGAACAAGUAUCUGCCUUACAUUAUUGAAAUGGCUAAGAAAAUUAAGGAUCAAAACAGGGUAGUUAAGUUCUACACUACUCGCGGGGGACGCGAUGGAUGGAGCUGUAAGGGGAUCAACUUGGAUCACCCUAUGACUUUCAAUACGCUAGCAAUGGAUGGAAACCUCAAACAGAAAAUUAUAGAGGAUCUUGAUAGAUUCAUCAAAGGAAAGAACUAUUACAGGAAGAUUGGUAAGGUAUGGAAACGGGGCUAUUUAUUGUAUGGCCCUCCAGGAACUGGGAAAUCAAGCUUGAUAGCAGCCAUGGCCAACCAUCUUAAUUUUGACAUCUACAGCUUGAACUUGUCCGCUGUCAGUUCUGAUUCUUCCCUGGAGUUUUUGUUGCUUCACAUGUCCAAUCGUUCAAUUCUCGUGGUUGAAGAUAUCGACUGCUCGAUUGAGCUACAGAAUCGUCAAGCCGGGGAGCAUCCAUCGGAUCAUGAUAAAACUCCUAGAAAGCCUCAGGAAAAGGUUGUGACACUCUCUGGACUUCUCAACGCCAUUGAUGGCCUAUUGUCCUGCUGUGGAGAUGAAAGGGUUAUAGUUUUCACUACUAACUACAAAGAUCGAAUCGAUCCUGCCUUACUAAGAGCAGGCCGAAUGGACAUGCACAUUAAUCUUUCAUAUUGCACAUUCUCCACCUUCAAGCAGCUUGCAGCCAAUUACUUGGACAUAUGGAACCACGAUCUUUUUCCUCGCAUUGAAAAGCUUAUUUCAGAAGUUCAAGUUAGCCCAGCUGAAGUUGCUGGUGAACUAAUGAAGAUUAGAAAUCCUAAAACCAGUCUCGAGGGCCUCAGCAGGUUUUUGGAAAGCAAAAGAGAAGCAGCAAAAUCCUCAGCUCCUCCUACUUCGGUACCUGAAGGUGUUGAGGAUGAACCAGGUGGUGUGUAACCAGCCGUGGUCACCAUCAAUCACGGCCAUGAAGGUGGAGCCCAGCUACGAAGCAUACGGCGACGUUGGGGAAAGAAUAAACUGGCUAAAAGAUUGCAAGAUAUGUGAUCAAUAAAAUUGGUUAAUGAGUAUAACCCAGGAGAUAUGUUCUGUUGUGUUUAAGGAAUAAAUUUCAGCAAGUCAAAUAUUUAGGACAAUUUGGUUCACUUGAAGGUCAUGUGAACAUUUUCAAUAAUCUAGAAUUCUUUCUGGUAGGAGUUCCGGACUCCCUCGAAUCUGUCUCAGAAUCGUUCUUAUUGUAAUUUUCCAAUUUAUAAUUAUAAUUAUUGAGUAAUUUAUUCUUCCA